GUACGUAUAUGAUGGGAAGAGGUUGAUAUUUGUGUGGGAGUGGGUUGAACGGGAAAGUUUGUUGAUAAAUAAUGCGAGUGUAAGAUGUGCACAUUACUUACUUAAAACUGAAAUGAGUGUGUUUGGUGAUUUCCGAAAUGUUUGGGUUCAGAGAUUCCCCGGCAGUGACUUACCAGCAGCUUGGGAAGAAGAUGUCAGAGCGAAUCUCGAGAAACACAAACAAAAAGUCGCAGUCUUGAGGGAGGAGUUAGAGAAAGAGGAAUUUUACGUCGAAUAUCUUGAACAGCUGUUGAUAGAUGUUGCGAAACACAAAACACGAGGUACAAAUGACGAGGAAGUUAAUAACGAUGAUAAAUCUGGUGAAGGUAGGGACACUUCAGGUGUUAAAUCUAGGCCUGCCCCAGUGCAAGGUAUGGGUUUGGAAGAAAGUUCUGAAACAAGUGGCAGUAAUGUAGGUGAUAACAUUCAGUCUUCUGUUGAAUCACUGGAGAUGAUCCACAAAGAUUCAGCCAACCAGUGUAUUAGUGAACUAUCUGCAACCUUACCUGAUGCUCACAGUAUCAGUCGUUCCAAUAGUGAUGUGCCAAAUAGGAACCGAGUAUUAGAAACCAAACGUCCGAGAUGUAACACACAUCCUGACAUUUCUAACUAUGUUACGGUAAUAGAAGUGAAUGGUUUGAACGUGGUCAAAGGCGAAUGUAUGAAGGAAGCUCUUGACAGCCAGGUAGCAGCUACUAAGAAGGUACCUCCAACACCGCCUCCCAAGAAGUUUUUCAGCAAAUCAAAGGUGCGGAAGAAUAUUUCAGUAAACUCAGGUGAUAGAGAAUAUGAUGCAGGAGGCCAGGCAGAGGAAAUUAACGAUGAACAAUAUGAAAGUGACAUAAAUGAGAUGCCAGGUGAAGCUGCAGCAGCCUAUCCAAGAACCAGGAGUUUGGAAUCAAUUGAGGCUGAAGUGAAGCUGGAAGAACACUUAGUGCAAGAAAGUUUGGUGGAGGAUGCCAGCAGCAUGAAUGGGGUGUUGCCAGAUGAUGAUGAGCCAUACUAUGACUCUGUGGCACUUGAUGGAGAAUAUGUCUACCUACAGACUGAUGGAACUGCUGGAGGCAACGGUACAAUGACAAGUGGCAGCUCUGGUACAACAGAUACAACUGAUUCAUCUGCACCAACCAUGAUGACACUCCCAAGUAGUAGUCCUCUGUGUCGUUCUCAGUCUGAACUUCAGCCUCAUUCUCCUGGCAGUCUUAGCAGUUCUAGCAAGCAGUCCAACUAUGUCAACAUCGACUACUUCAUCAAGCAACGGGCAGGAGCUGAAGGACGAAGUAGUUCAAUGGAAUCAGAAGAUGAAACUGAAGUUCCACCAUUAUUACGCACUAUCUCCAUGGAGACCGAUGAUGUAUCAACAGGAGGUUCAGAUGUUGGAGGAGGUUCAGUUCCAUUUUUCGCUGGUAGCAGUACGUCCCUGGAGUCUGCAGCUGUAUCUACCCCUGCCCCAGCCAGGAAGGUACAUGCACAGGAUGUAGGCAGUAAGGCAGAAGCAGAGAGGAUGACAAUGUAUCGAUGCAUCAUUGCCAGUAUUAUCGAGAGUGAGACAGCAUAUCUUGAAUGCUUGAACGUCAUGCUCCAGUACAUGAAGGCUAUGAAGGCCACCCUCACCACUUCUCAGCCGGUCAUAUCAGAAGAUGAGUUCAGCACAAUGUUCUACAAAAUUCCAGAAUUGCAUGCAUUACACCAGAAUUUCCUAGAUGGAUUGAAACGUCGUACACAGAAUUGGGAUGGGCGCCUCACUAUCGGAGAUCAUUUUCGCAUUAUGGCUAGUAACAUCAAUAUCUAUGGUGCAUUUCUGCAUAACUAUGGGCGUGCAACAGAUACGGUGCGCAAGUGCUCAGCUUCAAAUGCACAAUUUGCUGACAUCACACGGGAUAUUCGCUUGAAGUCACUUGGUGGAGGACAGUCACAAUCUUUGUCUUUAGAAGAUUUGCUUCACAAACCUGUAGCUCGUGUGCAGAAAAAUGCUUUGGUAUUACAUGACUUGCUGAAGUAUACUCCAAGUUCUCAUCCGGAUCAUAAGACAUUAAAUGAAGCCCUCAAGAUGACACAGAACUUCUUGGAUGAAUUCAACAUGAUUCAGACAAAAACCAUGUUUCCAUCUGCUGAUCGAGCCCAGCGUCGCCUUGUGAAGAAUUCGUUUAUAGUGGAGCUAUCUGAUGGACACCGCAAACUUCGUCACCUCUUCCUUUUUAAUGAUGUUAUUGCUUGUGCAAAAUACAAGGCAUCUGGACGAGACAAAUUCACUUUUGAGUUGAAAUGGUACAUUCCUUUGAGUGACAUUGUGAUAUUUGAAGAGCCGGCUGUUGAGCCUCGUGAGAAUUCACCUCCUAAUAUUGUGGCACUGAAAUCUCAGGCAUGUACUGUACGUGACCAGAUUUUGUGGGAUGAAAGAAAUGAUGAUAAGCGUUUAAGGCUUGGAAGUCGAGGCUCGGAUAAGCAGAGAAAGAAGCUAGCAGACCUGGAGGCACAGCUGGUGCUGGCAUCACCCAAUUUGGUCUUUCGAGUAGGAAAUCGUUCAGCUGCUCGCACAUACACAUUUUUCUUAUCAUCGGAAUUUGAACGCACUCAGUGGAUAGAGGCAGUACAUGCCCUCCAGUCUUGCCAACUUCCCAGCCCCGGAGGAAUGAGUACAGUUAGUAUGUAUGAACUUCAGGCAUGGAUCACUGCCUGCAGAACCUUCCUCAAAACGAACAUGGGCUCGUAUCUUCUGCGCACAGGUCGGGAUGAAAGCUUGUUGGUUGGUGAUCUUCAUCUUACACUAAAGGAACUGCAAGAUCUUGACCAGCCUGCAGACUUGUUUGUAUGUGUAGAAGUGGAUUCAUAUGGCCACUACUUUCGUAAGGCGAAGUCAAAACUGGUAUGCAACUCAGCUAAUCCUCGCUGGAAUGAAGAAUUUGUUAUUGAACUCGAGGGCUCACAGAAUUUGCGUAUCCUCUUGUAUGAAGAAAGUCAGGACCGCGCUAUCCUCCGAGCUAAAAGCACACAGAAGUUAAGUCGGUCAUGGCUUGGAGAAAGAGCUGUGGAUAAGUUGGUUCCUAUGCACCACUGCUCCCUCUUGGUGACACUGCGGUUUGUACCAAGCGAAGUAACCCUUCGUCGUGUACCAACGUCUCGCACAGCUGGCCUGUUUGGAGCCAAGAUCCAACAAGUUUGCAAGCGCCAGAAAAGAGAAGUUCCAUUUAUUGUGACAGCAUGCGUAAGGGAAGUUGAGCGUCGGGGUAUGGCUGAAGUUGGGAUCUAUCGAGUAUCUGGUUCUGCCUCUGAUCUGGGUCGUCUCAAGAAGUCUUUUGAAACAAACUCGUAUGAAGCAGAGCAACUGUUGAAGGAAGUGGACGUCCAUUCUGUGACUGGGAUUUUGAAACUGUACCUGCGAGAGUUACCAGAAGCUCUUUUUACAGAUGAGCUUUAUCCAAAGUUUUUUGAUGCAUUCAGUAGCUCAGGUGGUAAUGAGGCAGCCAGCAAGAGGCGUGCCAUGCUGCAUCAGUGUUUUAGUAUGUUACCGCAACAGAAUCAGAAUAUUAUCAACUAUCUCUUGGCUCAUCUUAUCAGGGUUAACCAGCAUGAAGCUCAGAACAAGAUGUCGCUGCACAACCUGGCUACAGUAUUUGGCCCAACAUUACUCCGUCCUGGCUGUCUGGGCUCUGCGAAGUCUGAGUCAGGUUCACGACAGCAGCGAUUUGAUCCGUUGGCAGCUGGUACUGUAGACGUGAUGGCUCAGGCUGGCAUCCUGUACUACUUCCUGCAGUGCCAUGCUAGUCCAGGACUGCCACAACAACUCAGCUGAGAUAGCUUAACAUUCACAACAUCGUUGAAUCCAG